AUGGCGGACGUUUUGCAAACGUACACUGAGCUAUCGUCUUCGACGCCACGGUCUCAGGUGUCUUCUGUACUUCAAUCUAUAAUCAAUGCACCUCCCUUUACUUUUGAUCAAUCCUCGCGCGCAGAACUGAUCAGGCUUCUCUUGAAAGAUCUGAAAUCCCUAGGUCCCAAAUCCAGGCUAACUACAAAGGAUGCGGCGCAAGCACUACUCGCUGUAAAGACCCUGGGAAGGAUACCCUCUGGUUCUGAACCAUUAUCUGAGGCGGGAAACUUGUCGACACUGUUAUCCCUUUCAACUUCUUUAAAGGACGAACCAGAAGCGUCCACGGAAGCGUUGAGAUGUAUAGCAAAUACCCUGUUGCUUUUUGAUCACGCGAGGCAGACAUUAAUCUCAAAGGAAGUCAACGGCGGAGAUGCCUGCGUGUCCAUGCUGGAUAAAGCGACGACUCCAGAACAGACAUUCACACUCGCUCGGAUACUCUUUUUCUUGACGGUUUCACGAUCAGCCUUCAUCCAAUCAUUAAUAGAAGAGAAACGGCCAGGUCGCACCAUUGUUGAUAUCAUUGCAAGCAAGUUAGACACAACCAUGGUCAGCAUUCUAGCAGGAACGAAAUUUGCGCGGGACGCAAUGACGGAUAUUCUCAAAGUUGCGUUCAACAUUUUGCUGCAUUAUCCCAAGAUGGUCGGCAGUGAACCCUCGAGCGACGCUAAAGAGUGGGACGACUCGUGGAGUACGAAACUAGAAGGGCUCCUUCCGCCUCUCUUACGAGCCUACCAUACAAUUCCGCCUACAUUUCCUAUGCCGCUUGUCGCCCCACUAACGCAUAUCAUACAUGCUUUGAUCGUUAUACCAGUUAAUCCUUCCCUGCGACCGAUAUGGUUCAAUAUGAUCCCUCCUGCUAUGGGUCGUUCAUCUACCUCAAGUCGGACUUCGUCAAGUCGCAAAUCAUCGACAAAUAUCAAUUCUGCUUCCAGCUCACCUGUAUUGGGAAGUCCCACACUGGAGCCUUCUGAAUCUCCAGAUAGACGUUCCAAUACCUCGAUAAAGCCAAGCACCCUGGACCGUGCUCUAUCGGUCAUAUCUGCUGGUCGUAAAUCUCUCUCACGAUCGCCAUCACCGAGCCCUCCUUCCACCUCUCGUGAUGUUUUCCAACGCACACACGAUCUACUUGAGGUUGCUUUCUCACAUCACUUCCCUGACAACUCAGAUCCAGACUCACAAGAAGUCCGAGAGGCUUUCAAGCAGGAGGUGGAAGCAACUGGGGCACCCUCAGAUACCUCACUAGAUGAUAUUCUGUCGCCGCUGGUCGUCCUAUGCACCCGGCUUUGUCUAGCGGAUGAAUCGAGUCGAGUUAGGAUGCGGGAAUGGACUGUCCCUCCUGAUCUUGAUAGGACAAAUCCUUUGGACGAAAGAGCAGAUUUUUUAGGGAGGUGCAUCAGGUUAUUAGGAAGUGUUUAUCACACUAGGCUAAAAGAUGCAGUGGGAGAAAUGCUCUAUGCAGCUUGUGAUUCUGACGCCGCGUUACUUUCUAGCUUGUUUGGCUAUGGUCAUGUUGCGGGACUUCUUUUCAAUAAAGGUGUCAUGUCUGCACCACCUCCUCCUUCAACUUCCUUGUCUUCUUCUGCACCCGAUCCUUCGUCCUCGACUACCGGGCAACGUGAAAUAAAUCCGAUCACAGGAACAUAUGCGCCCAAUGGGCCUACUGUAUCUGCUACUGCCGAUAUGACUGAAGAUGAGAAAGAACAGGAAAUGGAGAAACUGUUCGUGCUGUUCGAUAGGUUGGAACGGUCAGGUUCAAUGCCGGCUAGUCAAAAUCCCAUGAGGAAGAUCAUUGAGAAAAGCAUGUCGCCUUGA